GGAUGGGAAGCGCAGCCUUUAUAAUGUGGCCCCUCCGACGGGAGCAUCCUUUCCAGCGCGUGCGUCUUGUCCUCCCUUUUUUGGAGGGGGCGAACCAAGCCAGCCCUUAGCUCGGGCCGAAUCCUGCCUUCUUCUCUGGUUCCUUUGCGCAUUUCGAGCCGCUGAUUCCUUCGCUCGCGUCGUCUUCUUUCCUCGGAGAAGGGAACCCGAUUCUCUUCUUGUUGCCCGUUUUUUCCUUCUUUUUCUGCUCGCCUUGUGAUCCCAAAAGGUCCGUCUAGCUGGAAUGAAUAUAUCUGAGCCUAGUUUCUGUAGAGAGGAGAUACUCCAAGCCAGAGGCGACUUUUCAUGGGGAGCCGUCGCGGGAGCAGCCGCUGCGCCACCGCCGCCUCCGCCUCCGCCGCCUACACCUCCUCCCGCCGCCGCUGCCUCUGAUCCCGGGCGCGCCUUCGCGCAGCACAGCCGGGCCGCCGAGCCCGCCGUCUCCAGCCGGACCCCCAGCCCGGAGCCGGCCUUCGGAUUUCGCCCCGGCGCAGCGGCGCCCAUCAGGGGAGGCGACCCCGGCGGCGCGCUCUUGGGCACCUCGGCUGCGUCGAGCCGUUCUCCCAGCCCCGACGCCGGCUAUGGCUACGGCGCCGCCUCGGGCCGUCCGUCCGACGGCAAGAGCGCCGAGGAUUCCCGCAUCCGGCGCCCCAUGAACGCCUUCAUGGUGUGGGCCAAGGACGAGAGGAAGCGGCUGGCCCAGCAGAAUCCGGACCUGCACAACGCGGUGCUGAGCAAGAUGCUGGGUAAGCGGGGUGUGUGAGCGCACUGUGGGACUCAUUGCCACCAGAUGUGGGGAUGAUGACCACCAGGAGCUAAGGUGGGUUUGGACAGAUUCAUAGGGAAGCGAAAGCCUUUCAAGUAUGGGUGUAGCCAGGAUUUAUUAUAGCGGGGCAGGCUUUAUGUUAGGGGGGACAGAACCUCAGUUCUGUAUUUUUGUUGAUUUUUAUUGAUUUAGGGGGGCAGCCUCCCCCCCUUAGUCAGACUUGAAAGGCUUCUCCCUCCCUCUGAGAGCACACUCAGGUGUUGAAGGGAGACCUGGGGUUUGCAGAAAUCCUUUUUAGCAACCUAUAAUGGGGGCCCUCGAGAAAAGACCCUGCGAAGACCAAGCAUGCUCAGUAGCAAUGGGAUGAUGAGGGUUUUGGGGUGUGGGGGUUGACAACGGGAGUGGGAAGACGUAACUAGCAAUCUAGACUCCUGAGCAGAGGCACCUCUCUCUAUCUCUCUCUCUCUCACACACACACACACUGCAAAAUUUUAUUGCAGGUCCCACGUAUUAGCCAUACCUGAGAAAUGGAGCUUGCAUGUUCCAAGCAGUUUACCUUGGAGUAAGAUUGGAGACUGGGGGUAAACAGGAACGGAGGUGGCCGCUGCCUUUUGUUCUGCUGGUGGGCUCUGUGGGGGCAUCUGUCUGAACAGUGCAGUUCUUACAAGGAUCGAAAAGGAGUUUGGGAGCGGGGAGAGUAGCAGCCAUGAGGAAGGAAGCUCUCUCUUUUUAAAUUUAUUUUGAGGAAGCUCUCUCUUAUGAUGCAACCUUUCUCAUCAGCCCCUCUCUGCAGGUCAUUCGCGGUACAAUCCUGCACAUGGGUACCCAGAAGUCAAUUGCAGUGUGGCUCGUUCCCAGAUAAAGGGCUAUAGGAUUGUGACUUUAAUCCAGAUAAUUUACCCAUCCGUUGCACCUACAGCAAGGGAAGCACUAGGGCAGAUCACUUCCCUCUUGCACUAUUACUGCACGCUUGCAAAUGUUUCUCACAAAGCUGAGAAAGCAGCCAAAGAAAGUCAUUUUUAAAUCAAAUGUGCAUUCUGGCCAAGCGCGCGGUUUUAAAACUGAACUGCAUUGGGUGUUAUUCUAUGAAACGUUGCUCUCAGUCCCCUCUUCUCCCGAAAGGAUACAGUUCAAAGACUAGAAGAACGUUUCCCCCUGCACCCUUUUACUAAUUUCACUUCUUUGGGAUAAAAAGAUCCGCAGUCAAUGAGUAAUAAGAGACCCUGAAAGAUGAACACAUUUAGAAGCUUUUCGGCUUCUGUCGCUUCGUCUGAUGAUGCAGGACAUUUCAUCUUCAUUUGGGAGGUGUGUAUGGGGAGGGAUGCAGGGACACACACAUAAGCAGAGAGUGGGAAGAAAAUUGCACAUAGAAGGGUCCCCAAGAACCCGAGAUACAAAAGGUAACGAUCGGUCUAUCACAUUUCUAUCACAAACCCAAAUUUAUACAACGUAGGAAGCUGCCAUAUCCUGACUCACUGGUCCAUCUAGCUCAGUACUGUCUACACAGACUGGCAGCAGCUAUCCAGGACUUUGGGGGGGAGGUCUCUCCUAGCCCUAUCUGGAAAUGCCAGGGAUUGAACUUGGGGCAUUCUGUAUGCGAGGCAGAUGCUCUAUCAUUGAGCUAUGGCCCUUUCCCACCCCCCCUUAUUGCAAGGUAAGAGCAAAUUGACUCAUUCACAACAACAAACCACAAGCUUCUUGUGCUAAUUUUAUUGAAGGAAUAGAGAGAUAGUGCAACAUUCAUGUGUCAGCAUGCAUUUGUUUGACUUGGUUGAAAUAAAGUAUCUAGAGGGACGCAAAAGGGCUGUAGGGUUCGUUGGGGGAAAUGUUUGUGACAUCACAAGCACUGGGCAAUCAGCACUAUGCGCUGCAGCUUCUAUUGCAGAAAGCCAUAACUGGUUUCUUCUGAGCUCAGCCCAGGGCAGGGAGUUCUGCAUCUGUACUGAGUUCAGUACAAAGCUAAACAGCAGUCGCUACAUCUGCAGUAAAACCAUGGUCAAAUCCACCAAAAUUUCUUAUUACACAAAAUGAAAAGUGAUUAUCAAAUUUGCAACAAAUAGAAUGGAAAGGGGUUAAGUAACUUGUUCCAUUUGUGCAAGCAUGUAUGCUUUCACAAUGGAACUUCCUCCCUCAAAUUUAUUUUGGGGGUUCUCCCAAUCCACUGGGGCAGAUUUGGAGAGGGCACAGGAUGUGCACUGAGGGGACUAGAUAGGGGAGUUCUGUUGCACAAGCAAAAAUCCUUGUACUAACAGAGUAAGCACAUUGGAUACCGCCCAGACAAAAUGCCAUUUCCCCUUGUCCUUGGAAGUGGUCAAGGAAAAAAGAACUCAUUAGUUAUUUUAUUCCCCCACCCUUUCCUGAACACCUAUCUAGAAACGAGAGACACAGACUCCUAAAUAAGAAUUUCAUAUAUUAUAUACCUUAGCUACCCACCCCCUUGCAAAGUGUCCAGGGUCCUCUAUCCUAUGUAUGGAUGUUAAUUACUAUGGGACGGAAUGUGGGAGAGAGCCCUUUCUAAACUGAAAGCCUAUUGUUCAGCAAUGUGGGUAUCACAUUUGCAUUUCAGAGUAGACAAGAGAAAUACAAAAAAUCACUUGCAAAGAAGCUGCCAUCACUAUGGUUGUGUGAAAGCACCAUAAUGCACGUUUAUCAAAAAUCUGCACUUUGGUUUCCCCUCUCUUUAACUACCUUGUGAUUGUGUGUGUGUGUGUGUGUAAGCAAGUAAGGAAGAGCAGGGGGAGAAAGAGAUGUUUCUAGUCGAAGUGGACUCUCCAUCACAUCAAAAAUCACAGCAGGGGAGGAACUUUAUCAGAACCCAUGAAAACGUUCCAAAAUAGGGAAUGCACUCUCAGGUUCUCCAAAACUCUCCAUCGGACUGGAUGAUAAACUUGAUUUCCUUCUCCACACCCUAUUUUACUUGGCAUCCAGGCUGAUGAGAUAGUUCACCAUCUUGUGACAUCUUGGAUGGUCUUCUUAAUAAUGUUUUUGUGGAUUUUGGGGUUGUUCUCAUGGAUCAUACCAAGAGAUCAUGAACAUAUCAGGGACUUGGAGCCAUGAUCUUGCAGAGGAUCUACUGUACCUUCUUGGCAUACUCUCUCUCUGUUUGUUUGUUUGUUUGUUUGUUUGUUUCUCUCUCUCUCCCUCUCUCUCUCUUUCUCUCCUCUCUCGGGUCUGGCAUGGUUAAGACACGGUGAAAAAACUGGAAUCUAAUAUUCCCAAGGUGGACAGGGCCUGAUGAGAUGACCUUUUGGUGAUUGGACAUGUAUGGUUUAAAAACAAUAACAGCGUCCAACUUCCCAAUGUGAGAUACUUUAAUGCAGGCAUCAGCAAACUUUUUCAGCAGGGGGCCGGUCCACUGUCCCUCAGACAUUGUGGGGGGCCAGACUAUAUUUUGAAGGGGGAAAAAUGAACAAAUUCCUAUGCCCCACAAAUAACCCAGAGAUGCAUUUUAAAUUAAAGCACACAUUCUACUUAGGUAAAAACACGCUGAUUCCCGGACUGUCUGCAGGCCGGAUUGAGAAGCCGAUUGGGCCGAAUCCGGCCCCCAUGCCUUAGUUUGCCUACCCAUGCAUUAAUGCGAAUACUGCCUAUUGUUUAACGGCCUUUGUAUGCUGCAAUUAUUACGUGAGCAAUAGUUUGGGCUUCUGAAGCAGGUGAAGGACUCGAAUCCUUGAUCUGCCGGAGCCCUUAAUUCUCCCCUGUUUCUGCUGUAGCUUCAUGCCUGUGUUUUUCCUUUCCGGACCCCCUCCAGGCCAGUCGUGGAAAGCGCUCAGCGCCAACGACAAGCGCCCCUUUGUGGAAGAGGCAGAGAGGCUGAGGAUCCAGCACCUGCAGGACCACCCCAACUACAAGUACCGCCCCAGGAGGAAGAAGCAAGCCAAGAAAAUCAAGAGGAUGGAGCCCAACAUCCUCCUGCACAAUCUCUCCCAGCCUUGCGGCGAUGGCUUUGCCAUGAACCACCGGGCUGGUGGCGCCAUCGGGCACCCGGGGCAUGCCCAGCCUCCUCCGCUCAACCACUUCAGAGAACUCCGCUCGGUGAGCUCUGAUAUGGAGAACUAUGGCUUGCCGACCCCUGAGAUGUCCCCUCUGGACGUCUUGGAGCAGACGGAGCCUGCCUUUUUCCCUCCACACAUGCAGGACGACUGUGGCGUGAUGUCCUUCCGAGGCUACCAUCACCACCCUCCUCCUCCUCCUCCUCCACCUCCCCAGAUGGAGUUUACCCCGGAGAAAAACCUGGGGAGGAACAUGCCCAUGGGCUACCCGCAGAACCCACCUCACCUGGCUGAUGCCAUGAGGACUCCCCACCCACCUGGUAUGUACUACAACCAACUAUGCGCCGGAGCUGCCAACGGGCUUUCUGCCCACCUGGGCCAGCUCUCCCCGCCGCCCGAAUCUCACCACCUUGACGGCGUGGAGCACUUGAACCCCAACGAGCUCUGGACAGAAGUGGACCGCAACGAGUUUGACCAGUAUUUGAAUAUGAGCAGGACUCGUCCCGAUCCUUCGGGGUUUGCCUACCAUGUCUCCAUGUCCAAAGUGACUCCACGGAGCCUCUCCUGCGAGGAGAGCAGCUUGAUAUCGGCCCUGUCCGAUGCCAGCAGCGCUGUCUAUUACAGCACCUGUAUCACUGGGUAGGGCUGCGCUUGUGUGUUCAGCAAGGGGAGAGGGGUUCAAGGCUGAGCCCAGUUUAACUGUCAUUUCCCUUCCCCCAGGGAACCCUGGGAACCUGCAAGGGGGAACCAUGGGAUCUUGUACCUGAAUUCCGUCUCCUAACCACAAUUCCCAGGACCCUUUGAGCGAAGCUGUGCCGGUUAAACCAGUAUGAAUUUGACGGAAGCUCAAAACCUACACGUACCCUUAGGGAAGGGCAUGAUGCACAGGUGCUAACCUCUUUUUUGUUUGCUCCAAAUGAGAGCAGCUUGGUUUCCCAUCCCUGUGGGGCGCCUUGUCCUUCUAACAAAUUUAUUCUUACCUGCUGAGAGACAGCCCAGCUCAGCUAAUGUGCCCGUCCUUUGAGAAACAAGGGCCAAUCUGCCGAGGAGUGAGCAAAAAACAUCUGCAGGAACUUUGAAACUGUUGCUGCGGAGAAUUGCUGCAGAGAAACUAUUUGCCCUUCUACUGUUGCGUCCCAAGCAGGGCUUGGGAACCUCACCCCUGAAGCUUGUGGAGUUUUCUGCAUUUAAGGGCCUCUUCACACUUAAACAGAUUUAUUAUUAUUAUUAUUAUUAUUUUUAGUGUCCACUGAAGGUCAUUCAGCAUAAACCCAUGAGUGUCACUGUCAGGAUUUUUCAUUCUCUCCCGUGCCGCAGAGCAUGUGUGAUGUGUGCAUGUCACAGAUGUGUUUGCAGAGCAGACAUGUGUGCAUCGUGCUCAUCUGAGAGCAAGGGACUGGAUGUGGCCGGCUCGACUUUGCUCUGUGUGAAAGAGCCCUUAGAUCCCCUGCCUUGCACAUUUUUAGCUGAAGCACUGGGUUGGGGGGCCAAAACACGGGACCCUGCCCUCUUCCUUGUUCAGCGUAAUGUGCACAUCAUCUCAGAGUCCCACUGCAAGACCCGACAUUCAUCUAGCUGAGAUAACAGUGCCCACCUAUAUAUCCCCACAAGUGCCUUCCUUUGCAUCAGCCUUCCAAACCCUCUCCCCUUGCCUGUCAACAUUGCAAUAUUUAGAUUAUCUCAUUAAAUGCAUUGCUUGGGUUGUUUGUUUUUAAAAAUAAUAAUGCUGAACCACUGAUAUACUGUAUUGCUAUGUAGCACAACAAGAUAGACUGUUGCAAAGCAGAAGGAAACUGAAUUCGUAGGGUGCUGAAAUGUGUGAGGGCGGACAGUUUUUCUGGACCUUUUAUUGGCCCGGAGGGAAUUACCGUGGGUGCAGCUUUUCUUUGCGCCUGCAGCAUUAUAACAUGACAAGCCGCAAGAUGCUGAAAUCCUUUCCCUCUGGAUUGUUGGAAAAAGUUCAGGAGCCUGGUUCUCCAGUGCAUUUGAUCUCUUCCAGUGCUUAAGAUGUCUGUACUGUACGUCUGCGUAACUGGGGAAGCAGGGUGGGGAGGCAGUGGCUCUCGACAUCUGGGUUGUUUUUUUAGCAGUGAAGCAAGGUUUGUCAUUCUUCAAAAGCAGGCUAGCCGCCUCUCCUGGAACUGAAUUGCAAGCUGUCCGAUUUGAAGUCCUAGAACAUGCUGGGAUCUGGUGGCGAGUGGGCAGUCUGCAACCCAACAGAGCGCAUGGCAAAAUAAAUAAAUCCUUUCACUGUCAUGCUUCUGGAUUGCACCCCAAGGGCACCGUCGUGGGGUAAAGCUAUAGUCAUGCCUAAAACAGGUUGGAUUGAACUGGCUUUUGCAGGAGGGGAAGCACUGACGGCAGUGCGGUUUGAGACCUUCCAUAAAAGGGGAUGGACAUCAAGGCAGGGAAGUAGCCAAAUUGUGACGAGGGAGGGUUUUAAGACUGGUUAAAGUGGUAUGGAGUGCGAUGAAGGGAAAGGCUUGAAAAAGCCGUAAAAAUAAAAUAAAAUUGACAGAUGGUCCUUUCAGGCUGGCAUAACUUUACCCAGAUUGUGCCCGUUCACUUCAAAGCCGGCCCACUGAUUUCAGUAGCUUCCAAGUGUUUUAGAAAUCCAUUCUUGAGUUAAUUUCCCCCGGAUGCUUUUUCAUAUAAUUUCAUGUAAUUCCAAGCAUCCCUAUCAGAAAGCUCACCGAACCUGCUUUGACUCAACUUCCCUGUGAACCUCUGCGUAAAUCCCAUUGAAGCAGCUCUGCUAAGCUUUGCCCAUGUAAACCCAUGAUCUUUGCAAUCACACUGAUGGAAGCGCUGGAGUGGAGAUGCAUUUGAAGCUGCCAUGUGAGAUCCGAGCCACUAGCCCACUGCCAUCUCCUCUUGACUGGUGGCCGUAAUUCAUGGGCUCAGGGCAAGAAUCUUUCCCCGCUCCUUUGGGAUCCUGUGAGCUGGUGGCACACAGGACUGAAACCGGGACCAUCGUCGUGCAAAGCAGAUGUUCUGCCACUGGCCUACGGCCCUUCCCGAAACAUAGGCAGCUGCUUCAGACCAAGUCAGACUACUGGCCCAUAUCACUCAGUAUUGCCCAUCUUGACUGGGUUUCAGAGGAGAAGCCUCUGCCUGGGAAUGCAGGCAAUUACACCUGUGACCUUUUUGCAUGCAGGCAGAUGCUUUGCUGCUGAGCCACAGCCGCCCCUGUUUUCAGGAUGGAGGUGUAACUUCCAGCCUUUCACUUUCCCCAAGGUCUACGCCAUGCCUGGAGAACCAGCAUUUUCAGAGUUAGGUUAUUAAGGCUAAAGGAGAAGCGAGUCAGGGCUUAUCCACACUGACCUACGCUCUGCAUUCCUAAGCAGAGGUCCACACUUUCCAGGUCUGUGUCCAACAGCUUUUUAUUAAUAUUAUUUUUGCUUUCCCUGCGAAAACCCGCUCUUUACCACUGAAUCAGAGCAAAUGGCAAUUUGCAGAAAACCCGAAUUGCCAUUUGCUCCUAAUCAGCAGUAUGGAUCCAGUUUUCUUGGGGAAAGCAGAUAGGAGAGAGAGAGAGAGAGAGAGAGAGAUAGAAAGAAAGAAAGAAAGAAAGAAAGAAAGAAAGAAAGAAAGAAAGAAAGAAAGAAAAAAAGAAAAGCACUCUGAAAUGGACUGGAAAAGUGCGACCCUAUGCCUAGAAAGCAUUGGGGAGGGGAGGGGAGUAAGGAUGAGCCCUAAUAAGGUGUUCAAAACCGGGAGUGAUUCUUUUGCAAUGAUUGUUAUGGGACAGAGACUAGUUUAGGGGUGCCAAACAGGCACAUUUUUCACUGUAUCAAGAUUAUUAUCUUUCAUUUGAACCAUAGGACUAUAUUUUUACUAAGUCUUUUUUUAUAUCUUAUCUAUCUAUCUAUAAAUGAUAUUUAAUUUGUUCAGGCAUUUUAUACUACCAAAUGUCUUUUCUGUCUCUUUUGUUAAUAAAUCAAAGGGUAUCUGUGUCACGGAAAGCAUUUAUGUAGCAACCGAAUUAAAACAAAUCUAAAGAACAGAGGAGAGAGGGGCAGUUUUAAGUCGUAAAAUUGCGCACAACAAUUUUCUGGAAUUUUGGGGGGAUAAGGAGAGCAUUUUCGAAAGCCGCGAGACCAAGGAGACUCGAUCCCAUGGUGUGUGGGGGGGGAUCUGUAUAAAACCCCGUCGAAAUGAAUUGGCAGCUACACAAGGACCCUGCUAGAGUUUGUGCAGAAGACCGUCCCAAAUAAUGUUGCUGGCUGGUUAAUUGUUAAGACAUAUUUUCCUAAUUUCUUGGCUCUCAUGUGCUUGCUAUGUGAACACAUGUUUCUCCCCCCCAAUAAAUGUUGUCCCCAACCAUUUCCAGAUUUCUCUGGCAGUCGAUUCCUGUUUAGACUGCGCAUUGGUUUCAAGGGAACACCUCCCACUAAGCACUGGGCAAGGGUGUGUUUGUGUGUGAGAGGAAAGGCCGUCUCUAUAGGAAGGAUAGGAGAGAGUGGGUUUGAUCCAGGCUCAGUUGCCAAUGCAAUCCAGCGUACGUGCCUAUUUUCCCAAUGUUGUGUAAGCUGCCGAUGUGUUUGGUUGGACAUGCCAUCUGUUCUCAGAUUUGAGGAGGCGGGGAACAACCCUCAGUCCUCUAAUAAAACGACGUGAUAUCCUUUUCUUGA